CUCUCAUUUGCCCUCUCCACUCUUCUUCACAGAGGCCUCCGCCGCCACCCAAAACCCUAAUCCAAGAUGAAGAGGAACCCCCGCGUCUCGAGCUCCCGCCGCAAGAGCCGCAAGGCCCACUUCACGGCCCCGUCGUCGGUCCGCCGCGUCCUGAUGAGCGCGCCGCUCUCCACCGACCUCCGCACCAAGUACAGCGUCCGGUCGAUGCCCGUGCGCAAGGACGACGAGGUCCAGGUGGUGCGCGGGACCUACAAGGGCCGCGAGGGCAAGGUCGUCCAGGUCUACCGCCGCAAGUGGGUCAUCCACAUCGAGCGCAUCACCAGGGAGAAGGUUAACGGCUCAACGGUCAACGUCGGAAUCAACCCCUCCAAGGUGGUCAUCACCAAGCUCAGGCUCGACAAGGACCGCAAGUCGCUGCUCGACCGCAAGGCCAAGGGGAGAGCCGCCGCCGAUAAGGACAAGGGCACUAAGUUCACCGCCGAGGAUAUCAUGCAGAACGUCGACUGAUGAUGAGUUUGGUUCGUCAUCGUUUCUGUUGUUAUUCUUAUUCUUCGUUUCGGUGUCGUCGUAUUUUGUAUUGGAUCUUUAAGCUGAGACUUGAAUUUUGUGUUGUUCUUGACUCUUCAAUGCCAUUAUAUUCUGAUAUUUAUGUC